UUUUGUACAGAAGAAUGGCUGCCAUCUUUAGUUUUCGAUGGAUGUUUUCCGAAGAGAUCGUGAAUUCUCGUAUUUAUUGUGGUAUUUAAUAACGUAAUAAAAUCUCGAAUAGUGAAAUAACGUUUCCCGCGAUGUAAAGAGUGUUUUUUCGUUUAUUAUUUAAGCUGCCCUGGUGUGACUUCUAUUAAAAAAUGCUUGUGUUUACAUCCAAGUUUAAAGUGAGCUUCUGUAUUCCUGUCAUAUUAAGAGGAGCUUCGAGCUGCUGCUUCCCUAUGGUGCAAAAACUCUCGAGUGAAAAAGAUUAAUACUCUACAAACUAAGAAUGGACUAAAAGUUUCAAUAUUCCAAAAUUGCGAAAAUCUGAGGCAAUACACAUACGCUGACUCCAAUGAAAGAUAUCGAAUGACGAUGCUUGCACUUAAAAAUUCUGAUUACGCGCCGGUUUGGAAGAAUUACUCAAUCCUCGAACCGUGCUAGAGCGAGUCCGUGUUGUAGGAGCACCAUGUUGUACGGUUGAUACGGUUGAUUUAAAAAGAGAGAGGAAUCGGGAUAUCAUUGCCAGUUUCAUCCGCACGAUUGCUUACAAUCGGGCUAGUUACAUGGCAGUAGAAUGCGCGUUCCAACUGCGCACGGGUUGCUGGUGAGAGCAACGCCGUUUUCCUGCAACGUUGAAUUGCCCUGUGGUUGAGAAGGGGUCAACGGAAGCGUCAAACAACUUGUUGGAGACGCUGUCGACCCAUGUCGAGUAACAGUGCUCGAUUGAUAAUAUUGUAAACAGCGUAAUAUUGUAUCCAAUGAGUUUUCUUUCUGCUGCCGCCGAUACACGAUUCUUCGAUAAUUUGCAGCGGGCAAACUACAUAAAACAACGAACGACGUUUUAUCUGGCUGAGCUAGUAGGAGAAAUUGAUAUAAUAGCUUAACAGGAGCAGGUAAACUAGAAUGGCAAAUAUCCGUGAAUAGAUGUGAUCAGGGAUGGAAAAGAAGCAAGAUGGUAGGACGUGGAAGGAGAGGUCAACAUCGAGCGAUAAUCGUUCAGGAAUAAUUUUGGUUCGUAUCGAAUCAAUGCAAGGGUCGAGGUACGCCAAGUAGGUCGCCACAAAUCCCAUUGCUGCCAACGUGACAAACCAGCCCGUGCAGCGCUGCACGCUCGCGCGCGGAACCUCGUUAACUUCGCGACUGGUGGAAACACCGCGGCAAAAUAGCGGCCAGAACACCCGCCGUUGUUACAUCGACGAUAGUUGCCUCGCUGCUGCGACCACCCAACUAAUCCUUUACCCUCCGGAAAAGAUACACUACCUUCGCAAUAUUAUCAAGUCUUGGGUAACUCCGCAACAAUGAAACCAAACAAAAGAUGCUUUCUUCUUCUUUUUUUUUAAUAUUCCUAAUUGUUUAAUAUGGUUAAAUACACAACUGUUGCCUGUUCAGAUACACACAUCAGACAAAUUUCAACUCCAUUAACAACCAAUAAAUCUUACGCAGAAAUAAUGAAAUCAAUCACUAAUCAAACAGAGCAAAUGCACAAGGAGAGAAACAAUUAGACAGUCUAGGUAAACUAGACAAAUUGGUACCAAACUUAACCACCUAAAUUGUCGAUAAUGCUAGAGAUACCUUGGUUAAUCCUUCGAGUGUUCACAAUACCUAGCAAAAGUGUUAAAGUUUGAUAUGUAACGAACGAGGGAGGUACAACGAAUUAGGAAUUUUGGAUACAUUUAUUCGGUAUAUUGUACCAUAGUGUGUGGCUGUGGAUGUUUAUAUAAUUUUUGUGAACGUAAUUAGGAAAAUAGAAGAUUGACCAAGUUCGAAGCAUUAUCCAUUUCCAGUGUUGGCUUUGUGACGCACGGAUUAAAUACUAAAGACGUUAACAUCGGAAAGACAUUUAUCGAUAUGAUAUUUCUAGGAAAUCAUAGUUACACACGGAGGAGAAACCAGUCGCCUAGAAAACGCUCUACGUUGAGAAAAAACGAGGACUGGCAAGAGAGUUGCCUGGUGAAACGGACGAUGAAAACUAUCGAAAUCUCUUCGGAAUUUCACAAGAUUCGAUUAACAUUAAAUCGAACGUAGCACACAACGAGGAACUGCAGAGUGCAUAACCUCGGUUAACAGACGCCUGCGUGGUUGCGCGAUGAAAGCCUAUGGUUCAGAAUCCUCAAAUAGCGGAAUCGAAGAGCGUGGUAUCCCGUCAAGCAGGGCGAGGAUAGCCAUCCCAUCCUAACUCUCUCGAGUUUCCAGUUGGCGUGAUUGAAAGGCCUCCAAGACGUCGACUCCGUCGGUGAUCAAGUUAUCGGGGGGUGGAACAGGUGGAGGUGGGGAGCAAUUGUCCCCAGGGCCUGGCCCACCUCCCCCACCGUCCCCAACCGAGCAUACCGAUGCUCACGAGAACGAUGGUGCCACCGCCACGUCAAAACGCAUUGACAGCUUUCCACAGAGCGCUGAAACCACCAUGAGCUUCGUCUUAAAGUUGGGCACCGUAGAAACAUCCCUCGAGAAGAAGAAUUCUAGCAGUAGUCAGCCGUCCUCGUCGGUGAAUCAAGAAACAUCGAAUACGACGGGAACCGACGAUGCCGGCGGCAAACCACAGAUCCUUCAAUGUUUGGAGAGUGCCGCAGAAAUUCCAACUGGUCAUGUUAUUUCCUUUUCCACCGUGAAAUCAGUUAGCGUUACCUAUCCAGUAGCAAAGGCCGUUAGGGAGGUGCAGAGAAUCACUGGACCUCAAACGAAUACCACCCAGGUGCUGUCGACUCGCGUCAUCUCUCAGAAAUUACCGUCGUCUAGCCAUCAAACACAGCCCGCGCCUUUAACGCUGAACGCAUCCUCCAAUGUAACCCAUGUUCCGGUAAACGCUCAAUCUUUAUCAUCUCCAGGUAGCGGAGUAGCACAUGUGUAUCCUUUGCAGCAUGCCACAGUAUCAACGCAGAGCAAACAGCAAACUAGAAAUCAGGUGGUCGUCACCUGUGAGGGCAAGCAACAACAGCAACAGACGACCACGAUAUCUAGUUUGCAGGCUAGCAUGCCUUUAAAAGUCCAACCGGUCCCUUCGCAGCUUGUCGUAAGCAACAACGCGGUUAGAGCCAUCACUACCGCGACUUCAUUACCCAACAUUCAAAGGAUACACGUGAAAACGCAAAAUCUCGUCGGACAGGGUCAGACGGUUAACUUGCAGAAAGUGAAGACUGUGACGAAUGUCAGUCAAGGGGUAACCGUGCAGAGGAACUCCGUACCUAGGAUACAGACCGCACAGAAGAGCCAAAUGUCGUCGACUGGUACCGCUCAAACCACCCAGUUUGCUGUUAAUCAAGUCACGAACAAUACCAACGUACAGAGAGCCCAACAACAAGGGAAUUCGACGCUUCAAAAAGCGCAAGCAAACGCCGCGAACACGCAGAAAGUAGCGCAGGUCUACAAUAACCAAAAGGUAUCGUCGCAGAUGUUAAGUAGCCAUCCGAAUCAUAAAGCACAACUACAACAGAUACCGGGUAAUCAACAGCAGGGAUUACAGAAAUUACAGGUUCAGUCGCAGAAGACCGUGACUGUGCCUAGGCAGCAAUCGAACGCUGCGACGGUGAAUAACGCCCAAAAAUGUGGCAACUCCGUAGGUGGUAUGCAGAAGGUACAAGUAAUGGGGCAAGUACAAUGUCAGCAACAGUUACCGCAGGUUCAGAAACAUGUGCAACAAGUUCAGCCGUCGACGCAGCAUCAGAGAUCACAAACUGCGACGGCUUUGCAAAAGUCUCAGACUGCGACCACGGUUAAUUCCAGCAGAGUACAAUCUUUCGCGAGCGCUUGCAAGAGUAACAGCGUUCCGAAUAUCAAUAAAACGCUCCAGAACGCCAACUUAUUAACCGUAAACAAACAACCAGUGAUCUCACAGCCACAACAAUCGCAGCAAGUACAUAUCCAGAACUCGUCCCAAUUGCAACAACAGUUGCUACAGCAAACUUCGCAAGCACAGCAACAAUCGCAGCAACAAGCGGCGCAGAAACAACAGCCUCAGCAGCAACAACAAGCGAAUACGAAUCCACAAACACAGAAAAGUCACAGUAUUACGAAUGUUCACCAAAAGGUUGCGACGAUCGCCGCGACCAUCCCUAAUAACCAGCGAACUCAGGUAGUUAACUCUAAGAUACAACAACAACAAAUGGUCAUGAGAGUAGGUGUGACGAAGAAUCAAGCGCAAAAUUUACAGCAGAGCAACUUGAAAAGUAGUGUACCUCAGAAAAUUGCAAAUACCGUAAAAACUUCGAACUCGCAGAACGUCGUGCAACAGUCGUUGCAUAGAAAUGCGAAUGCGCAGCCAGUGAAAAUAAUUCAGCAACAACAGAAUGUUAUAGGGCCGCAGAAUGCUCAAAAACAGCCUGGAUGCAUCAAAACGAUACCUCCUCAAAAACCAGCUCAAAGGAAUCACACGCAAAAAGUAGCCGGUAUUAAGACCUCUCUAAAUACGAACGUAGCUGCGGUGAAAGGUCAAGGUUCGGCAACUGCGAUCGCACAAAAGGCAAGCAUCAAAACCUUGCUCCCUCAACAAACUGUUGCCACGAAUAUGUUGAUGCAUAAAAAUCAGCCGAUUAAAAUACAGCAACAGGCUAUACAACAAAAACAACUUAUUACAACGUCACAGUUUUCCCAGCAAGUUAGACAACAAUCUGGACAAGUAAAGACGUUACUACCAGUAACUAGCAUGGAACCUCGCAAAGAUGUUGAGAACAAAAUUGAACCCGAGCUGCGUGAAUCUAAAGAAGACGAACGUCAACAACGUCCUAUAACUCCAAUUAUAAGAAUACCUCCGCCUUACGAGUGUCUUCAGUACGUCCUACAGGAUCACAAUUAUGGGGCACCACCACCACGAACACCGUCACCUCCGUCACCCCCAUCUCAUGCAAAACAGCCUAUCAACGGUGCCGGAAGUUCGUCUACAACUUCUCAGCAUCCUUACAUUUAUGGAAAAGUUGUUAGUGGCGCUAAUAUGGACGACGAUGCAGGCAGUGCUAUCAGUAGCGAAAUAGGCAGGGACGCAGAACUGGAAGGCGAAGAAACCGAAACUGCUCCCGAGGGUGAAGGGGAUGAUGAAGACAGUGUUACUAGAUGUAUAUGCGACUUUGAACAUGAUGAUGGAUACAUGAUCUGUUGUGAUCGUUGUUUAGUUUGGCAACACGUUGAUUGCAUGGGUAUAGAUCGUUCUAACAUUCCUGACGAAUACCUCUGUGAGAUUUGUCGACCGCGACGAGUAGAUAGGCAAAGAGCUCGUGCUUUGCAAAUGCGUAAACGCGAGGAAUUACUAAAUUCAGAUACAUCAUCCGAUACAUCGUCCACCAGUUCGGCAGAUACUGACGUUGGGGUCAGUACGAUCCCCAAGAAACGAACUUUGCAACAGCAAAUUCCUCGACGAAAAUCCGAACCACCGCAAGUAAGACGACUGAACAACAAUAACAACAACAAUAAUAAUAACGUCGCGAAAAGGCAGAGGAGAGAUUCUCAUCCGAGACAAUCCAGUGCUGUUCGUAAAAAGGAAGCUACAAAACGAGGCCCGGGUAAACGCAAAGCUAAACGGAGAAUGAGUUUGGAAGAUAAAGAAGAGGAAAUUCAAGAUACGUGGAGCUCCAACGUCGCGCCACUAAGACAGUGGAUCGAACGUUACGAGGAAGCAGUGACAAAUCAUUAUAGUCCAGAAUUACGAGCCAGGAUAUCAUCUAUCAAAGUAAAUGGUACACACAGCGAUUUGAGACAGAGUAACAUGAAUGUCAUUGCCACCGGAAAGUGUAGGCUCAACGUACAUAGUAACAACGUUAGGUUUCUGGUAGCAACGAUGUAUCUCCCACCAAACACACCCGUCGUUGAAUUACGAGGAAAGUAUAUGUUAAGUACGCAACAUCGACCGUCCUAUCCUCAAGGAAGGCAUCAUACCCAGAGGCCCGGACCCUUUGUAUUCUUUUAUCGAUUACCACGAGACGGAACAGAAGUCUGUGUAGACACAAGAACGUAUGGAAACGAUGCUAGAUUUGUGCGACGUAGUUGUAAACCUAACGCGGAAGUGAAACAUUGUAUAGAAAAAGGAACGUUACAUUUGUAUAUUGUGACUACAAGCGCGAUUGAGAAAAAUGCCGAAAUUACGAUCAGACACGAACAGCAUGAUCUCUUGUUAUCGCCUAAUCCAAAUGGCCCCAUGAUGCCCAUUGUCUGUGCGUGUAAUAACCCAAGGGAAUGUCAAAUAGUGUCUCUAAAUCAGUUGAAUAGAAGAGGAAGCAACGGAGCAUUGGCUGAGAAUGCAGAUGGCCGAGAGCGGAGACGAAGGGGUAGACGAAACACAAUUUGCGAGGACAGCGAUUCCUCAACCGUGAUAUCCAAUAAUACUGUCAUCACGCAACCUGCACCACCGCCGACGACAGUGUCAUCAUCGGUAUCCGCGCCACCAAGAAGGACAAUUACAACCACCGUUGCAAAUACGGUGCGCCAAAUACCUAAAGAAGAACCGUUGACGUUAGUGCAACAGCCGCAAACUUCUCCGAAUUUAAGUCAACCAAUAGUGCCAGAGACUAAGAAAGACAAGAAGAAGAUGACGAGAGAAGAGAGAAAGAUGGAAGCUAUUAUGAAAGCUUUCGAGAGGCUCGAGAAAGCGGAACAAAGGAAACAAGAAGUUCAAGCACGAAAUGCACAGCGGAAGGAGUCUGGUGGUACGCAUAGCGAUAACGAAGAUAGUCAUAGCGUCACGAUACAAACAAAGCAAAAACAACAAAAUUCCGAUAGACCUUUAAGGCGGAAGAGAAGAAAGGGUAGAGCAAGAACUACUAGUACUUCUCAAUCGCAAAGUAGCAGUCGAAGAACCAGAUUGAACUCCGCGGAUUCGGACGAAUCGUCCGGAGAAGAAAGCAAUUCGAUGCAAUCGCCACCUUUGUUGAGUCAAAAUCAUUCGCAAAGUCGAGAUGUUCCUUAUCACCUGCAUACUUCUGCCAAAAAUACGAACGAGAGCGUGACUACAGCUGCUCAUCAAGGAAUACCAACGGCUGCUGGUUUACUGUUGGCUUUAGCAAAUUCUAACGCACCCGGACCGAGUUCACCUCCUUUGCAACAACCAACGCCAGUUAAAAGUCCAACCUGUGACAGCGGUGCAAGCAGCAGCUCCCAAAGUUCAACUCCAUCCACUCCUUUAUCCUCGGCUUGCUUGUUAGUCGCAGCAGCAGUUGGUCCUCUAGCUCCUGGCUUCAAAUUUCCGAAAACCAAGAAAGUUCUAAUGAAUGAAUGGUUAAAAGAGUCGCCCGAUCCACCGCAAAGCAAUAUAUCUCAGAUAUCACCAUUGCCAGCAUUACCACCGGCUUCUGCGACGAAUUCGAUAAAUCCUCUUUGCAGGUCUUCGGAUUUUUCUUUACCGACAGACUCAUCCGCAGAAUUCUUAACACAGAGUUAUGCAGCCAAAAGUUUAGCCACUCUUGUGCAGGCAGCGAAUUCGGUAUCUGGAAUAUGCGAUUCACCGCCACAACGCAAACAACAGGCAAUCAGUGGAAAUACGGUUUGCCCUGUUUCUACGGGAUCUGCCAAGAAAAGAUGGUUACGUCAAGCCAUUUCUGAAGAAUGUGAUUCACCAAACAGUCGACCGGAGAGUCCGCCGGCCAGUGAAAUGGUAGCUCCACCGAAGAAAAGAAGAAUAGCUAGAGAAAGUUUAUCGUCAGACAAUUACACUCCACCCACUACACCUACUAUGUUAGUCCCUGAGUCCACUCCGAACAAUAGAUCUUUGUGUCCUGUUGAAGACGAUUUCAUCGAGCACCUACAAUCCUCGUUGGUUGAUCAGAAUGAAGAAGGUCACACGACAACAGAAUCUGUAAAGCAGGAGGUUGCCUCACACGAACACGCGAAUUCAAACGAGGCCGUACGACAAAAACUUUCGAUAGAUAUUCCACAGGAUUUUCAUCUUAAAACUGUAAAAUCCGAGAAACAUUUAGUGAUAGACACUUCGAUAAUGAAAGAAGAGAACAUCGGGAUGAAGAAAGAAGAGAAAGAUGAAAUGGAUUGUGACACUUACAUGCACUUGGAGUCAAAAUCUUUUAUCAAGAAUGAAUUGCAAUCUGUUAAAAACGAAUUGGUUGGACAUCAGAAAAAUAAGAGCAAAAAGGAAUAUAUUAUAAAGAAAGAAGAGAAUUUGGAUAUGGAAAAGGGUACCGUCGAGAUAGUCGAUCAAAACGAAGGAGAUACAGAAAUGGAAGAUUUCAGCUCUCCGAUCGCUGUUAUGGAAUCGGAUGCAAUUCUGAAGGAACGCGUGGCUGAGAUGAAACUGGAAUUCGGAGGUAAUAUAAGUGAGAUGGUUAAAGUUGAAGAUGAUAAGUGUGAUGAUGAUAAAAGAUUCGAAGACGUGAAGUGCGAAAUGAAAUCUGACGACAACAUGUCGAUCGACGAAUUUGACGUCGAAGCUCAAAUGAAGAAAAUUACUGGCGACGAUGGAAAUGAUUAUAAGGAAAAAGUAGACACUAGCUCGGAGAAGGAUAAAAGCAUGGAUGGUAUUGAGGGUUUAAUGGAGAGCUCCAAAGAAGAUUCUGAAUCUGACGAUAAAGAAAUAGAUGAUGUGAAAUACGAGUCGCCAUCGUUCAAAUCAUUCAAUUUAAACCACGAGGAAAAGUUAUUCAAAGAAUUCGGAAGUAAACCCGAACCAGAAUGUAUCAUUGAGAAUAGCAUUAAAGAAAUCGAACAGAGCCAGGAAUCUCAGAAAAUUGAACAGCCGUCCGCGUUCGUUACUUCAUCCGAAGAAUCCAUUUUUGAGUCUGUAUCUUCCAAUAUGGACACAGAAUCUAUCACAGAACCACCAAAGAGUUUUCAUUCCAUUCCACCAUUAAGUGAACGAAUUCGUAAAAAGACAGAAGCAACAAAUGCUCCAAAAAGCCAAUUGAAUUUUGAAGCAGCUAUUAUCGAAUCUACCAUUGAUAUGGAGACGGAAGAUGAAUCCAAAAAUGGUGAACAAAAGUCUAUGCUCUCGACGGCGUUAAGAGAAUUGCUGGAAGCUAAGUUGGAUGAUCUAACAAACGAGAGCGCUAAAGAAGAAGUGAUCGAAGAAAAUAAUACACCAUACAUCGAGCCAAAGUCUGAAACUUCUGAGCAGAUUAUAGAGAUACAAGAGUCUACGACAAAACCAACCCCUCAAAAUGUUCACAAUGAAGAAACUCCAGUAAAAGAGGAUGAAGCUCCGCCUAAGGAAAUUAAACGAUUAAAGGACCCGAGAACUGUCGUUCCAAAUAGUAUGCCAGCUCCUGCAUUUAAACCCGAAACAAUCCCUCCUGUUAAACGAAAGUUGUCCAUAUCCGAAUACCGUAAACGCAAACAGCAAUCGUCUGGCACGCCUCCAGAACCUGAACCGUCAAGUGAUGCUUCUGCAACAGAUAAGGGAGGAGCUAGAGGUAGAUCAGACAGUGCGAGCAGUGGAACUUCGUCGCUCAGUUCCGAUGAGGAAGGUUCUAAAAUCUCAUUAUCUCUUGAUGUACCGACCUUAACCACAUUACCGCUUUUCACGAACACGGAAGGCGAGGAAAAGAAAGGUGGUGAGGAAGGGACAAUUGGUUGGUCUGCCGCGCCAACUUUAGUUGAACGUCAAAGAGAAAAUCUUACAGAAAGAUUGAAACGAGAAUUUGGAUUGUUCCUCAGCGACGACGAAGAGGAAAGAGCUCGCAAACAUGGUUUAACGGCAGAGGCAAUACUGAAAGCGCGUAAAACAUCUCCGCCUCAUCCUACUGUAUCAAAUACUCCACCAGGUUAUCCGGUACCUCAAUUGCCUCCUCAACCCUAUAUACCUCCUCCAGGAUCUGCAUCCAUUCAUUAUUCUCAGUUCCAAGCUAAACCUUGUCCCGUUCAGUACCCAAACUUCACAGUUCCACAGAAUUCUUCGCAACAAGUCUAUUCGAACGCUACACCUCAGACAUCUGCGAAUAAACAGCCACAACAAUUUUUAGUACCCCAAGCGUCUCAAGCACCACCAGGCUCAAAUCCGUAUCCUCCCCAGUUUAUUCCGCCGUCUACCACAGCAGUAUCGAUCUCCAAGUACACGCCUGUUACACCGCCACCUGGAAAUCAAAUGUAUCCUCCAUCUGGCCAAUCACAGAAACAGUUUUAUAAUCACCCGGCACCAAGGUCUUAACCCACAUAAAAGGUAGCGCUGUCGAAAAGUUUUUAGCUGGAAAAAUUUUUAUUAGACUUCGUCGAAUCGCGAGUUAAUUUGUCGAUUGGUUUCGAACAAAAGCGAAACUCGCAGCUGGUCGCUUAAUUCCAUUAGAUUAAAGUGUUAAGUUAUCCUCCCUGGCCUGAGAGAAGGGAAGGGGGUGAAACAAGAUAUCUUGAGUGGAACAGAAUAUAAAUUCACGAUCUCUUCUAUUUAACGUCAUUCGUGUUCUAGCAAAAGGGUAUUUAGGUUAUAUGAUAAGAUGAUGAUUCGCGCACGCAACUGACAGUAAAUCAGAAGAGAUUCGUGAUACCAGGUGCUACACUGUUCUCUCUUGUAUCAAAAACGUUAAUGCGCGUACAUCGUUGAUUGUGAAAGGAGAAACAAGGAAUAUUAAUACUACUGAUGGUUUCGGAGACGCACUCGAUGGAAUUCGCGUGGCCUAAAGUGAUAAUUAAGUAUUUUAAACAGAAAAAAAAGAAAUCGAAAGGAAUAAAAGAAAAUAAAACGUAGUGCUCUCACGCAUUAUACGACCGUGUUUAAGGAAACUACUGGCAUCUAAGCAUUAUGGCCAAAAGUGUAUUGUACGCCGCGUACACUUUUUAUAUCGGAGAAUUGGUGCCCUAAAAAACGUUUAUAUAUAGCACUAGUCCAAUUAUGGCGAAAUUAUAACAAAGAUGAAAUUAAUCCGAACGAUAAUCGUGAUAUUCGGAGCCCACAUGUGACAAUUAUAUAUAUUAUAUAUGUAUACACACAUACACAAAAACAGAUACACAAAAUGUGCAUACCAAUAUUAUACAAUUUUUCUGUAAAUAUCAUUUGCAUAUAUGCAUAAUAUAACGGUAUCGAAAUGUACAUUUAAGUUAAAGAUCGAGGGAGAGAUACAGAAAAAAUUCAAACACUGUGCUGUGAGUUGCAAUUUUUAUUUUUAUUUUCAUGUUUUAUUUUUUCCUUUUUUCUUUUUUUUUCUUAAUAGAAAGAACAAAAAAGGAAAGAGUAUCGGCUUGAUCGGAAUUUUAGGAAAAGUAAAUAAUAAAUUCAAGUGAUGAUAUCACUGUAUAGUGCCAGGUUUAUUAUAGGACAAUUGGAGUUUUCGCUUUUUGAUUCCAUUGUGACGAUUCUAUGGGAAGGAAACAGGCCUGUUUAGGGUAAAAUUGUACAGGUCCUAGACUGAAUGUUCCCACGUAUCGAUUUCGUCACUCUGACACAUCUUUUCUUUUAAGAAUUGUUCUUUUGCGCUCAAAUUUUCUAAUUUCUCUUCGUUGUUUUUCUAUAACACGAUCGACAGUACAACAUGUUUUUAGUUGAUACUGAGAGGCGUCUCCGCGACAAAUAUCUUUUAUUUGACGAUCUGUGGAAGUCCUGAAACUAAACAUUCAUUCUGAAGUACAAAGCUCUUUAAGAGGCGAUUUAGAGAAAGAAUGUAUAAAAGAGAGAAAGAGUGGGAGAGAAAGAGAGAGGGAGAGAGAGAGAGAGAGAGAGGAAGAGAAUAUAAGUUGCAGUAAGAAAGAAGAAAUUAGUAUGACAGGAGAAUCGUAAGCUAUUUUUUGUAAACGAAAAAGUGAGAAAACGAAUUAACGAAUACAUAGGUAGAGUGCAUCUUUUUCGUUCUCGAAAUUUGUAAAUUGUUCUAGUUGUUCUAUACGCGUAUUAAAAAGGAUAUCUAAUUUUUUGUUUUUCUAAAAGUUUAUUUAUUUGUGUUGUAAAUCUAUUUUCGUUAUUUUCUUUUCUUCCUUUUUAGUCCGGUGAUCAUUAAUUUUGUUGUAUUUUUAUUUGACGAAUGUAAAUGGUACAUUUGAUUAAGGACAAUUCUCCCAGUGUACACAGCGGUGUAAUUUAAGAUUAGCGUGUUGUACAAAGAUUUCAUAUCGGAAUUCUCGCGUAUUUGUCGUGUGUACAUAUAUAUAUAUUAAAUGCGUUAAUUAAUUACGAUUUCUUAUUGGGAGUUCCUUGUUGUAAUAUGAGUUAUAACUGUCCGGCUUUUGUAUAUUUCGCAGAUUUUAGACUCAUGGUUAACAUUCUACCCAAAAGAAAUACACACAACGAAUUACUUUUCUCGGUCGAAGGGAAAAUUUCUAGCUGAAAAGAGUUUAAACUUUGCUGAAUCUGAAGGCCAUAAAUAUUUCUUACUUUCCGCUGAUCUUUUCCCAUGUGCAACAACAAUUAUAAACAUCAUAGUAUAUAGGAAGCAAUUAUCGAAUCAAACAUUAAACACAGUACUAGAGGAAGAAAAGCAUUUUGAUCGAUAUACUUGAUGUCUAAAGAACUGAAAACUUUUCGAGGUACUAAAUUUUACUUAUUCGCACAGACAAAGAAAAAUAAAGUAUUUUCUAAUAACGAUGAAGUGAGAAAUUAUGUACAAUUUAAGAUUUCGAUAACAACGUUUCGGAUAAAUGAAAAAUAUAUUUAAUACGUAUACAUAUAGUUUCUCGAAGAGUUUUCACGAGCCAACAGAUCAAUCUGUUCAUCACUUUUUUACGUAUUCAUUCAGUUUCAAACGAAUAGUCAAAAAGUGAUCACAAUUGGUAAAUUUAUGUAGUUACAAAAAAUGCGAGGUUUUAGCAAACGACAAAGCCACGUUUUACUGUUGUAACAUGCUUAAAACACAAAUUUUUAAACACGACAUUAAAGUUUAGAGAGAUCUGUAACUAGGGAAUAAGAUAUUAAAAAAAAAAAAAAAAACGGAAUACAGAAGAAUGAAUUUUACUGAAAUCCCACUGCAUUCUAUGGAUUUCGCUAGUAAUAGAAAAAAUAUAAAACUACAGUGUAUCGAGUUCUUCAACUACUUACUGUUUAACUUGUGUUUAUUUGACUGCAGAUUUUAUUAAAAAAAAGAAAACGAAAGAGAAGGAGCAUAAACAAAAUAAUGACAUGGAAAAAUACUUGCAAUUGGAGAAAAAACGCUAUGGGGAGAGCUAAACGAGCGAUAUUUUUGGCAUUUGGUAUUCCUUUAUACUUUAGCCGAUAUUUUGUAAUAAACAUGUAUACUAGUGUAAGUUACUUGUGUUAACCAGGUGCGAAUGUGAGAUAGGGGUGUGUAUAGCUUUAUGUUCAUCACCUGGUUGGCAGUACUGUGAAACUUGUACAUACUUUUGUAAGAUAAAUUUAAGUAUGAAUGUCUCCUUUGAGAUCUUUCGAAAGAAAAAAGGAAACAUCUAUUAAGAGGCGAGUGGAAAAAUCCACAGAAAAAAAAAACAGAGAACGGAAAUUGAAAGGAAAAGUAAGAAAAAAACAGAAGAAUGGUAAUGAAAUUGCUUUUUGCGAUUACACAUACGUUCAGCUUUAUAAUGUAUUCUAUUCGUUGUAUAAUUCUCUCUCUGAUUGCUCUAACCUAUCUGUAUAAUGGACAUUCUGAUAAAGUGACAAAGGCGUUCUGUUGCUACAUAUAAAGAUAUAAGUAAGCCGUGUUAUAGAGAUGAGAAGACGAAAAACUUAGCAAAAAACUCGUUAGUACAAUAGUUUCAAUGUUGUAAAUAAAACAGAUCAGUAGUAGUUAUUAUUAUUAUUAUUAUUAUUAUAUUAUUAUUAUUAUAUGUACAUAUAUAUAUAUACAUACACAUAUAUAUAUACAUAUACAUAUAUAUAUAAAAGAGAAAGUUCGUCUCUAUAAUUAUACCUGAACACAUAAUUUUUUUAUUUGCAAUUCAUUGUUACAUGUAUGUGCCUAGUUAUUAGCCACGUUGCAGUAUAUUCUACAUUGUAUAAUAAUUUAAUUCGUACUAUCGAUUAUUGGAUGUAACAAGCUCUCCGAUAUCAACCUCUAUAUGAAUAUAAUAUUAUGGCGUAACGUGUAAAGAGCUCAUAUUUAGGCAUACAUGAAAUUUAAUAAAUCGGAAUACAUUUUACGAAUUAA